ACGGGGCGGGGGCGGUGCCUGGGCGGUGCACCAAUCACAGCGCGUCCUGCCCUAUAUAAGGCCUGAGGCGCCCCAGGCGUUGUACGCCACUCGCUGGUUGUUACUUCUGGUGGUGCGUCUGUGGUUAUGUCUGAGACUGCGCCAGCAGCCCCAGCCGAACCUGUUUUAUCUUCUAUGGAGAAGCCUCCAGCCAAGAAGCGAGGGAAGAAGCCGGUUGGCUUGACGGGUGGAAGUCGCAAAGCUCCAAGUUCGUCUGUGUCCAAGUUGAUCACUGAGGCUCUCUCAGUGUCCCAGGAGCGAGCGGGCAUGUCGCUGGCCGCUCUCAAGAAGGCGCUGGCAGCUGCCGGCUACGACGUGGAGAAGAACAACAGGCGCAUCAAGAUGGGCCUCAAGAGCCUCGUGAGCAAGGGCACUGUGGUACAGACUAGGGGUACCGGCGCCUCCGGCUCUUUCAAGCUAAGCAAAAAGGCUACUCCUGAGCCCCCCAAGGGCAGAGUCAAAAAGGGCGCUUCUGCCAACGCUAAGAAGCUUGUCUUACCCAAGGGCUCGAAGUCUCCAAAGAGUGCCAAGACCAACAAGAGGACCAGCAAGGCGAGGACACCAGCAGCUCAGCCAUCUGCCAGAGGCGGCAGGAAGUCUAAAGGUGCCAAGGGCAAGCAACAGCUGAAGAGCCCAGGGAAGGGAAGAACUGGGAAGCCGAAGGCCGGCAAGCCCAAAUUAAGGCAGCAAAGGACAAAUCCUAGGAAGACAGCAUCCAAGAAGUAAGCGUUGUGAAAGACCAGUCUCGGAGAACCCAAAGGCUCUUUUAAGAGCCACCUAAAUGAUCCUAAAAUGGCGUGACGCUGGAGGCUUGUGGAAGUCUUGAGUAUCAAGUGUUAGACCAUCUCACUGUCUGGACAAGCAGAUGUCAUUUUCGUAAAGUGGUGUCUCACCUGGACACGUGGUACACAUACACAUCUUCAAGGGUUCAUAUAGUUCAGAAUAUUCUGGUACUGCCCAAUCCGGAAAAGCUGGCUUGUUACACACUACGGUUAGAAUAUGGUACGUAUCUUGCCGUGUAAAUUUUAAGUACUCUUGUAGAACUACCCGUGUUUGUGGAGGUAAGUGGAGAUAGAUCAGCUCAGCGCCGAAACGUCUGUUUCUUUCUAAGGAAGCACUAUGUUUUAGAUUACAAAAGUAUGUAGUGACAUGCUAACCAGGAUUUCUUAACUUCGUGUCCACAGACUUUAGAGCCCAUAUAGAAAUCAAGAGAGAAAGGUCUUGAGAAACCAAAAGGUCUCUCAGAAUUUGGAUUUAUGGGAAAUGUUUUAGUCUUCAUCUCUUAAUUUUUAACUGAAAUUUUCUUCCGUUGUAUGAUUGAUAGGAACCAAGUAUUUUCAGGUUGCA